AUGCGAGCGCGUAACUGGAAAGUUCGACAGUUGGCCGAAUUCUAUCCCGAGCAGCACAAUCUUCUAGGUCUCAAUGUGAACCGCGGAGCCAAGAUAUGCCUUCGCUUACGGCAUGCUGGAGAUCGCAACCAGUUUAUGCCCAUCGAAAACGUUGUAGAUACUAUGCUCCAUGAGUUGUCUCACAUUGUCCACGGUCCUCACGAUGCCAAGUUUCACGCUCUUUGGGAUCAGCUUCGAGACGAACAUGAAGGUCUUGUUCUCAAGGGCUACACCGGCGAGGGCUUCCUCUCUGAAGGACGACGCCUCGGAGGGUCGAGGAUACCACCACUCGAGGCUCGUAGACUGGCCAGAGAAGCUGCAGAAAAACGUCGAUCACGUCCCGGUGCUGGGUUAGGCAAGCGUCUGGGGGGAUCCGCCCCGCGUCCAGGCGAAGACAUUCGAAGUGUUAUUGCUAAUGCUGCUGAGCGGCGAAAUAGCACUCUCAAGGGUUGUGGCACAGACAAGCUGAGCGAAAUCCAGAUCCAGAACAUCUCUGAUUCUGCCACAAAGAAUGGUUUUCGAACACAGGCCGAAGAAGAUGAGGCUAACGAUGCAGCCAUUGCCCAAGCACUGUGGGAGCUGGUGCAAGAAGACAAAUCAGUCAAAUAUGGCAGCUCUUAUAUCCCGCCAACAGCCGACAACCCUACUGGGAACGGCGGUGGAUCAGUAAUUCCAAAUGGGAGGCUUAGUCGUAGUUUAGAGAGUUCUAGAGAGCUUGCGAGUUGGACAUGCGACACUUGCACUCUGCGCAACCCUGGCAAUUACCUCUGUUGCGACGCUUGUGGGAUGGAGCGGUCCGCAAGGCCAGGCACAGAAGCGGUUAACGAUAACCGCCGAUCAAGAUCGCCGGUUUCUGAGAGACAACCUGCUAUUGUUGACUUGACCCAGAGUCCGCCACGGGAUCGGCGACGACCCUCUGUUAUGACAUCGCGGAAAUCGAAACCACAAAGUGCAGCACAAGGAACCGCAUCUUCAGGACCUCAAAGGGAUCCGGAAAAGCGCCGAUUAGAAUUGGAGAUGAUCUGCAAGGCGGGCUUGGACGCCAUGGGCCUCUCCGAAUAG